GGCGUGUGAGGGGCGCGGGGGCAAUAGUGAAGAGAGAGGUGGUAUUGCCGCACGUGGCAGGCCAGGGAGGAGGAGGCGGCGGCGGCAAGAGUGGCGCCACUCUCCCUCCCCCAUAUUAUAUCCCGUUCCUCUCCCUCUACCUUCCACACGUGGCACCUCCCGCCCCUGGUUUUACCUCUGGCCCGCGCAUGUGGAGGCUCCGGCAGCGCCCCCCAGCAGCCCGGUGGCUCGUAGGAGUGUCAGGCAUGGGUGGCGUGACACACCUGCUGCUGCAGGAGGCAGAGUGUCACACACAACUGUCACGGCAAUCAAUGGAGGAAGGUGGCUGCUGCCUGCAGUAGUGCUUGGGUCACCACCAGCCUCCCCCUCUCACGCCCAGUUGUGUUUGAACCUCCUCCUCCCGCCUCGCUCACCCGGGGACAUCAACCCCCCCCACGUUAUCCAUGGAGAUACAUUCGGCGUGUCGAGUGACUGAUGUAUACUAGUGCGUAUAUAUGUAUACAUAUACGCAAGCAGCAUAAGAGUGGGUGCAUGAACUCUGACCGUUGAGGCAGUGGAGGCGGCCGUGUGUGUGUCCCUCGUUACACCGGGGAUAUAACCAACUUAACGAACUUAGUAAUAAUCGCCAUAGUUUUGGCUUUCCCGCAAAAUAGAUGUGAAAACAUGCGAAUAUAUAGUAUGGCGUUGCUUGCGGCGGCGGCGGCGGCGGCCACUUUCUAAUGUCCAGUGAGUGACACGUGCCAUUUUGAGUGUGCAGGUGGUUUGUUUGGCCCCCCAGCAGGAGUGAGAGGGCCAGGCCUGCAGGAGAGGCAGUGAGAGGCCCCAGCAGCAGGGCGAGGCAGCAGCAGCAGCAGCAGCAACGCAGUAUUGGAACAUGUUGAUGUUUGUGACGUAGAUAGUGUAUCUGUAAACAAAAUGGCCAAGUUAUCUGGCGAGGAGAGGGCACUCUUCCCUCUCAGUGACAUUGAGGCCGUCGUCAACCUCUUCAGGCUCCACCUGCAGAAGAACAGAGAGCCGAACUUGGCUAUAUUAUCCAUAAUCGUGGGCCAUAUUGAGAACACCCUGACGUGCUCCCGGGGCGUGAGCGAGCCUCCCCUGGGCGGCGACGACGACCACUGCAGGUUCGCUGACAACCACAGAAUACUGCCCGUGGUGGAGUACGAGACGGUGGAGGCCCUCCACCACAGGUUCCUGGCCAUCAUCAAGGCUCACGUGGACGUGACGGCCUUUGGCACCCCGAGAUACGCCACCAGGGAGCUGGUGAAGCGUAUAUCAGACGUGGUGUGGUGUACGCUCUCCAGCAGUUACUACAAGGACAGGGCUCACCUGCAGUCCAUCUACAGCUACAUGACAGGUGCCAAACUUGACAGCUCGGGUACAACGUUAGCGGUUGUAGCAGCUUGUCAAGCACUUGGCUACUGCGAUGUUCACUUGGCACUCUCGGAAGACCAUACGUGGGUGGUGUUUGGGGACAAAGGCCAACACACAGUUGAAGUAACAUGGCAUGGUAAAGGUAACGAGGAUAAAAGAGGCAUACCCGUGACGCAUGAUGUCUAUAGCAAAUCUUGGCUUUAUGUCAAUGGGCAUCCUGUCGUAUGUGACAGACACAUGGAGGUAGCCACAAUAGUGUCCAAUAUGAACCCUGGCAUCAACGCCACAACAGACUCGGAAGAAGUGAUGCUGCUACAACAGGCACUCCUCUGGAUGCUGUAUGAUGCGGGUCACCUUGCCAAAUACCCCAUGGCUAUUGACAAUUUAGGUGACCUGGAGGAGAUGAUGCCAACAAAAGGUCGAUGUCCAGCCACCAAAAUGUACGAAGAAGCUAUCACGAGUGCAGUGCGCUAUUACCAGAACCAACACGUCUACCCAUACACCUAUCUGGGGGGAUAUUGUUAUAGAAACAAGCUGUAUAAACAAGCACUCAAGUAUUGGGCCAGAGCUGCCUCCGUUAUCAGAAAUUAUAAUUAUUCAAGAGACGAUGAAGAAAUCUACAAGGAGUUUUUGGAAAUUGCAAAUGAAUUAAUCCCACAUAUUAUGAGGGUUGUCAGCUCUGGGAUCUCGGCUAGAUCUAUACUAAAGGACCCGGAGUGUUUUGGGUACUUGUUAGAGUUCUAUGAUGGCAUUUGUGAGUGGGAGGAAGGCUCAGCCACUCCUGUGCUGCACAUUGGCUGGGCUAAGGCACUCUUCAAUACAAUUGCCAAGUUUGAGGCCCAUGUCAGGUCACAUGUCAAGAUAUCCUGCAUAGAUCCAGAUUCCACAGCAGAUAUCAGUGACGUACAAGAACCUCCAAUUUUGGAAAAGUCUGCAGCAGAAGCCAGGACUUCGCAAGACCAGAAUGGAAACAUGGCAACUGACUGCAUUAAUAUUACAGAGGAGGACAUUGAUCCAAGCGAGAUGAUGCACCGUUGGCCACCCGUAAGACUGGCAUCAGCAAAGAUGCGUGGACUGAGGGACUUACUCCUAGCUGAUAAACUAAAUUCACAGGCUAUAUCGCUUCAGUUGACAGCACAGUCCCAGGUGACUAUGACCAAGAAGCGAGGCAUGGGCGAGGUGGAGACUGCACAUGUUGGCCGAUCAAAAAGAGCGCGAAGAGAAUAGAUCUUCAGAGUGAUCAGAUUAUAUUUUUGACCAGAGUACGUCAUAAAACUGAGAAACCCACGAAGGUGACGGGCCACAGAGAGAGGGUUUGGUGUACUGUAAUAAUAAUAUGCUGUACCAGCAUAGGUAUCCUUAGAGUACACCACUGAAAAAAAGGUAUACAGUGAGAUACAUGGGAUUAAGUCUUUCUCCUAAUUAUGUGCUACCAUGUGUGCGUGUAGAGUACAUGACUUGGAACUGUUAAUGCUGAAACAUGUUACAUUUUCCAGUCAACCAAUUGGUAAAUAUAUAAUAUUUAACGCUCUUGUACUUGAAGGACCAAGAGGGUUGUUGAAACCUGUGGAAGCCAAUAAUGUACAUGAGCUGUGGAGACACACAGUGAGAAUAUUUGUGUUCCAUGUAUUUCCUGCUUUGCAUUUUCUGGGUACAAAGAUACUGGAAAAUUGUAUGAAAAAUUACUAAAAAACAAAAAAACUGGCUGCUUUCUGAAGGUCAUAUAUCAGUUCUGUCACUGACUGCAUAUGAUAAAAUGUUUUCUCAUAUUACAAAUAAUUAGAUAAUUCAUAAUUCCUUUCUGAAGAAAGGAAUCUUUCGAGUUAAUAUAUGCUAAACAUUUUGUCAGUGUCAAGCAGUGAUGGUAACUUUGAGUACAUUUAGAAGACAGCCUGAGAGUGGCUUAAAGUAUAUAUCUAAGUGAUUUUUAAAAGGUGAUUUGUGUGUUCGUAUUAGGACGCCUCACACAUUGGGUAGAGUAUCCACGGUGAUAGUCAAAAUUAGAUUUUAUUUUUAAUGUCUUUACCAAAGUCUUAACUUUCCUUUUUAUUUGGAAAAUAAUGAUUUUAUACAAAUUUUAUGUAGAGAUUUAGCUGGCGUUUCCUGUAUGAGAAAUGUGCCACAGUUGGUUAAGGAUAGUGAUGCUUAUUUAUUUUAAGAAACGGAAGAGAUGUGCGUCAAGUAGUUUUUUCCCAGAAUCCAAAGGAACGGCUAUUAAGCAUUUUUGUUUGUUGUUCCAAUAGGAAUCAAAGAUUAUUUUUUAAACAAUGUUUAUGAAUAUGAUAAUUGAUUGUUAACUACAUGUAAUUGUAGUAUAUUUUGUUUUAUUAUAGGUGCCAGAUCAUACAACUCUUGCUUAAAAAGAAAUGUUUGGAGAUUAUUGAACAUUUCUGUAAAGCACAAAUAAUUUAUCUUUAAUGACCUGGGGGUUGUUUUGCUGCAAAGUAAGUACUGCAGGAUUGCUUAGUGUGUACUGCAGGUUUGUAGAGUACUCUUGGGAACUGGAGUAAUCUGUCAAGUAACAAGCAACACCAUCGUUGGGGGAGAUGAAGAGACGACCAGUUGCCGUGAUGAUGAUGAUGAUGAUGAUGAUGGGUUCCCGUUGAGGAGUGUUGUACAGUUGGUGGAGGCUAGUAACGGAAGGCAAGUUUUAGUACCUCUUCCUAUUUGAUAUUUGUGUCCAGUCUUAGUAGCCUGUGAUGACCUACACACACAAGUUUGUGUAUGUCAAGUUUCAGGGGAAUUUUAUUGAUUUAAGGUGCUGGUAUAAGUACAAUUGUCUUUGCAAAAAAAAUGGUAUUGAUAAGACUAUGUGGAUUCCUAAAUGUUGCUUGCUAGAUAUUAUACGUUUAGAGAUUUAAGCAUGUGUAUGCAACAUUACACAUUGUUAUGUUUGAUUCUAGGAUAUUCUAUUGAUCCUGUAAUACGUGAUGCGUUCAGUUUGCAUUGGGAUGUAGAUUAAUUUAUUUGUAAAUACAGUAACUUUUCCCUGUUCAUUACUGGCAAUAAUCAUAUCAUAUUUUGUUGAUAAGCUUUGCAAAGUUGAUUUAGCUUCCCCUGUUAGGGUAUUUUGACUAUAUCUUGAAGGUUUAGAAGCCACUCGUGGUUGAUUAUCCUUGAGGUGCCAGCAACACAGCGGCAAUACCCGUAGUAUGUAACUGUGAAAUACAGUUAGCCUAUGUGGUCUGCUCACUGGGUUAGAUCACCAAACAAGUACCUGAUACGGCUUAAGUAAAGUAAGGAAAGUGGUUGUGCACCUACUUAUAGAGCUAACACAUGGACACCUGGAGGCUGAUGUUGGAUUACCUCACACAGUCAUGGACAUUGUAAACAGGACAGGACAGGGUCUUACAUAGGCCACUGGUAAUUGGUCUCCUGUAGGCCAUUUAUGUUACUGUUGUCAGUUGUCUGUAAGCUGUCAGUGUUGCUUGCAGUAUGACCCCCCCACUAGAGACAUCCUCUUCUUGCUUACAGAAGGAUAAUUUGCCAUCUAGGAAUAAUGUUGCCAGUAUCGCUCCCAAGUGUUAUGAUGGUUGGGGCAGUGAAUCUGUCUUGUGUUUUUUCCUUUGAUGGCAAGUCAUUGCUGUAACGGCAGUAGGUGGCACGUUAAGGUUAGGUUUGCUGGUGACGGUUUGUGGCCCAAAAGUCACAUUUAUUAAUGGCGGUUCACAGUCUACAGGUCACAAUUAUUGGCAUUUUUGGGCUCUCACUAUCAUAUCUGUUAGAAACAGACUAUUACCCCAAGUCUCUUGCUGCACACCUUAUAGUGGUGCUUAGGCUGGUCUCUUGUCUCUCUCUCACCUGCUGGUGGCAUUGUGAUGUGUCACAUACACACUUCUUGGUGGCAUUGUGUUGGUGGCACGGGACCUGUAGCUCACUCCUGCUGCUGCUGGCACUGUGACCUGUAGGUCACUCCUGCUGCUGGCACUGUAACCUGUAGGUCACUCCUGCUGCUGGCACUGUAACCUCUAAUUCACCUGCUACUGGCAUUGUGACCUGUAGCUCACACCUGCUGCUGGCAUUGUGACCUGUAGCUCACACCUGCUGCUGGCACUUUGACCUGUAGCUCACACCUACUGCUGCUGGCACUGUGACCUGUAGCCCACACCUGCUGCUGGCACUAUGACCUGUAGCUCACACCUGCUGCUGCUGGCACUGUGGCCUGUAGCUCACACCUGCUGCUGGCACUGUGACCUGUAGCUCACACCGGCUGCUGGCACUUUGACCUGCUGCUGCUGGCACUGUGACCUGUAGCCCACACCUGCUGCUGGCACUGUGACCUGUAGCUCACACCUGCUGCUGGCACUGUGACCUGUAGCCCACACCUGCUGCUAGUAUUGUGACCCAUAGCUAACACCUGCUGUUGGCACUGUGACCUGUAGCUCACACCUGCUGCUGGCACUGUGACCUGUAGCCCACACCUGCUGCUGGCACUGUGACCUGUAGCCCACACCUGCUGCUGGCACUGUGACCUGUAGCCCACACCUGCUGCUAGUACUGUGACCCAUAGCUAACACCUGCUGUUGGCACUGUGACCUGUAGCUCACACCUGCUGCUGGCACUGUGACCUGUAGCCCACACCUGCUGCUGGCACUGUGACCUGUAGCCCACACCUGCUGCUAGUACUGUGACCCAUAGCUAACACCUGCUGUUGGCACUGUGACCCAUAGCUAACACCUGCUGCUGGCACUGUGACCUGUAGCUCACACCUGCUGCUACUGGCACUGUGACUUGUAGCUCACACCUGCUGCUACUGGCACUGUGACUUGUAGCCCACACCUGCUGCUGCUGGCACUGUGACCUGUAGCCCACACCUGAGGGCAGUGUGUGGUGUAGAACUUGCACCUCUCUAGUAAGACUGUUAACCUGUUGCUCACACUUGGCGUGAGUUUGUAGUUGAGGCAGGCGAUUGUCUGCAGGUUUGUAGUUGAGGCAGGUAAUUAUCUGCAGGUUUGUAGUUGAGGCGGGUAAUUAUCUGCAGGUUUGUAGUUGAGGCGGGUGAUUGUCUGCAGGUUUGUAGUUGAAGCAGGUGAUUGUCUGCAGGUUUGUAGUUGAGGCUGGUGAUUGUCUGCAGGUUUGUAGUUGAGGCAGGUGAUUGUCUGCAUGUUUGUAGUUGAAGCAGGUGAUUGUCUGCAGGUUUGUAGUUGAGGCAGGCGAGUGUUUGCAGGUUUAUAAUUGAGGCAGGUGAUUGUCUGCAGGUUUGUAGUUGAGGCAGGUGAUUGUCUGCAGGUUUGUAGUUGAGGCAGGUGAUUGUCUGCAGGUUUCACCUCUUACUAACAUUAGUUGCCUAGUGGUUGAACCUUUUGUUAAUGCAACAGAGGUUAUGAAAGUUGUCUUGACAGCAGAGUUAUUGAGGCGUUGAGUGUGUGUGUGUGAGCGCCGGUACUGUUUGGGCCACGCGUGUAGCCAGCAGUAUAACCUUCUUGGGCCACGUGUAUUGUGUUUGGUAGGUGUCGUCAUCACCAGCUAUAUAUUAGUCAUUUCUAGCAAGUGCUUUGUAGAAACUAAGCAUUCAUAUGUGGCACUUGAGGAAUCUCUUGGUAUUUUAAUGACAGUGUUUGCAGAAAAAGUAGAAAAUGUGCACCCACAGCUGUGUAUUUCUUCUGCAUUGGAUUUACAAACAUAGUGUAACAUGCAUGAUACAUUAGUAUGAGGGUCAUAUACAUGCAUUGUACCUAUAUAUAUAUAUGAUAUUAUUGCCUUUUUCUGUCAUUUAGCCCAUUUGCACAAUAGAAUCACUGGGCAGGCCUUUCCAGUUGUGAAGGAGCGUACGUACUUAGACCUCAUAAUAGUCGCAGAAACCACUCCACAUUACUUACAUCCCUGUUAGCCGUUUCUCAAUACUGUACCACAGCUAACCCUUAAAAUGACAUAGAAGCUUACAGCUCACACCAAACCACCAUUUUCUAAGAUGCAGUUAAUCAGUCUCCUUAUAAUUCAAGAACAAGAAAUUUUGAUAUUUUUUAUUAAGCAAAUUUAUCAAUGCUUAGAUUCAAUGAAUAAUCAGGAUAUUGAUUAAAAAAUGCAAUGAAACAGAUACCUGGGUAGGCCAGAUAUUAUGUAGCUGACAGCACUAGAGGUAAUGUGAGGCGUGCAGUACCCGGCUAUCCUUACUCUCAGCCAGACGUCAUAGUUAUCUCUCUCUCUCUCUCUCUCUCUUGACCUACAGUAUAUGAUGUGAUACAAAUUGUCUCAGCGGUGGCUACAUGCACUCCAAACAUAAAUCUUCCACAAGAGUUACAAAUUGCAAAAGGAGAGCGAGAUUUUUCCUAGUAAUGCAGUUUCUAUUUAGCCACCCUUCGUGAAGUAUAGAGCAUAAAUUAGAUGUUGCAAGAUGUCCCGCCUAAGAAAUGAGUAUAUGUGAAAGAGAAGACCAGUGGAAGCAUUGUGAUAUGCACACGGUUUAUAAUGGUGUUUAAUUAGAUUGUAAAGGAUUUUGUUGCUUCAUAGUUUGCAGAAUAAACAUGAUUUUUUUUCAUUUGUUUUUAAUAGCUGCAAUUUGCUCCUUCAUGGAGGAUGUGUACAUAUUGAGCAAUGGUGUGUUUGAACAUUGCUUGUGAUAGUUGACAUUGUGCCAAACAUCCACAUCAUAUUCUGAAAUUUGCAUGAUAAGCUUCAGUCAGAUUUUAACAUGAGCAUCAUAAGCUUAGGUCAGUUGCUGAGACUUGCAUCAUAAGCUUAGGCCACAUGCAUAGGAAAUCCCCCAAACCUUGAGUGCAUAAUAGGUGGUGUAGUGUGUGUGUGUGCUGCAUCUCGCCCCCUCCCCUCACAUGAUCCCGUAUGUCACCGCCAUCUUCUGUACUGUGUUGGAAAUAGUCAUUAUCGUUAUUUUCCUCGAAUUAGAAUUUAAGAACUUCAUUUUUGUUUAAAUCCACAUCUUGUGCUCCAAGUGUAUUGUUGUAUAUUUAACAAGUAGAGAUAUUUAAGUUUCAUGAGGAUUUUAUAAUUUUUUGUGUGGAUUUUAAUUUUUACCUGAUUGAUUCAUGUACCUUUGUAAAACAAACAUUCCUAUAUUAGUAGUGUAGUGAAGUGAGCCGGCCUAGAUCUCUGGAGCACCAGGACCUGGCUUGCUACUUGUGUCGGUUCACUCAGACCAGGCUCUUUCCUUUUAGUUUUGUCUCCUUAAGAAUGAGAUGUCUCUCUUCUUCUGCCUGUUCACUAGAGCCGAACUUCACUUUUCUCAUGUCAAGUCUGUUCAGUCAGAUCAUUUUGUCCUGCCCAGCUGUAGCAGACAAGAUCAUGUUCUUCUGCCCAGCUGUAGCAGACAUGGUCACAUUGCCCUCCUGCCCAGCUGUAGCAGACAUGGUCACGUUGUCCUGCCCGGCUGUAGCAGACAUGGUCACGUUGUCCUCCUGCCCAGCUGUAGCAGACAUGGUCACGUUGUCCUGCCCGGCUGUAGCAGACAUUGUCAUGUUGUCCUGCCCAGCUGUAGCAGACAUGCUCAUGUUGUCCUGCCCAGCUGAAGCAGACAUGGUCACAUUGCCUUCCUGCCCAGCUGUAGCAGACAUGGUCACGCUGCCCUCCCUGCCCGGCUGUAGCAGACAAGGUCAUGUUGUCCUCCUGCCCAGCUGUAGCAGACGAGAUCAUGUUGUCCUUCUGCCCAGCUGUAGCAGACAUGGUCACGUUGCCCCCCUGCCCAGCUGUAGCAGACAGGGACAUGUUGCCCUCCUGCCCAGCUGUAGCAGACAUGGUCACGUUGCCUCCUGCCCAGCUGUAGCAGACAUGGUCACGUUGCCUCCUGCCCAGCUGUAGCAGACAUGGUCACGUUGUCUCCUGCCCAGCUGUAGCAGACAUGGUCACGUUGCCUCCUGCCCAGCUGUAGCAGACAUGGUCACGUUGUCUCCUGCCCAGCUGUAGCAGACAAGGUCAUGUUGUCCUCCUGCCCAGCUGUAGCAGACAGGGACAUGUUGCCUCCCUGCUCAACUGUAGUAGUCAGGCUCCAUCACCCUUCUGACCUGCUGUAGCAGACAUGGUCAUUAAGCUGUGUAGUGAUAUUCACCCCAUGAUAUUUUAGUUUCUCUAGAUCUUAUCAUUGUACACAUGCAAGUAUGUUCAUCUAAGCAGUGUUGCCAUAUGUUAUUGAAUAUAAGCCAUGCAUCAAGUUAUAACUUUCUGAUAAACCUAGAAUUUUACCCACUGAUGGCCGGUGUUGACACGAAUUAUGAGUUACACAUGGCAGGCUUGUAAAAAUAAUCAUUUGUGUUAUUAACCAUUUAUCUCUUCGCAAGCAAAGAUAAAUUAUGAAAUAGUGCACCAGAUGGUGCACAAGGUUUGUGGUUUGAUAUCAUGCUACCUAAAAGUUAGAAGUCUCUUCAACUCGUAUGAAAGAUUAUAAACACUUCUGGAAAAAAAAAGAAUUUUCUCUUAAUUAUGUUUAUGCUUGUACUGUUUACGUAAUUGUUCACUUUGGAUUUUUAAUGUACAUAUGUAUUUUGAGCUCUCAUAGGUAGAGGAGCACGAGUGGGUGAAGAACACAACAGUAUCACGACACUAUACUUGUCCUGCAAAUAUGGAUGGCCGAGGUAGAAUCUCAAAGUGGUUUGUUCUAUAAAAAGUAUUUAAUGGAAGGACUAUAAACAUUCCUGCAAAUUAGUUAAACAGACCCCCCCAAAAUACCAUUUUAGUAAGAUCAAAAUAUAAAGUGUUUACAAUUCAUGUCACCUGUUGAGUGCAAGAGCAACAAGUGUGAAUUUCUCGUUAUACAGGAGAUAUGCUAAAUGGGAGCACCAACAUUGUAGUUGGGCCAUCAACAUUAAACCAAAUUUGUAAUUUUAUAUUCACAUUGGGGCUGUUAUCCUGUAGCAUUAUUGAGUGAUAUAAGGAUUUGGAGUUUCACAGUGAGCAACUGAACGAGCGUGUACAAAGAAAGGUUAUUUGAAAAUCGUAAUAUUAUGUUAUGAUAUUUAUAUAUAUAUAUAUGGAAUAUCUAUAUUUCAAAUAUGGACAAUUUUAUGAGAGCAUAAUGCUAGUAAGUUUUAAGGAUGGAGGACUCGAGUGCCGUUAUAAUUGUACACGUGAGGUAUGGGAAUGACAGAGAGGGCCAGUGUUUCAUGUCAAAGUUAGGGUUUCCUUAAUCAAGUCAAGGAAGUUGGAAUUAUUUUGGAGGUGCCAUAUUUUUUUUAUUAGACCAUCAAAAAGAUUUAAAAUCUUAAUGAGUAUCUACCUGUGUACAGAUAUACAUACCUAUGUACAAUUCACACUUUGCCUUUUAAGUAUACAUAUCUGUAUACAAUUCUCACUUUACCCUUCAGGUAUGCAUACAAUACAUACUUUUCUCUUCAGGUAUACCUACAAUACAUACAUUUCUCUUCAGGUAUACCUACAAUACAUACUUUUCUCUUCAGGUAUACUAUCUGUGUACUAUACAUAUUUUUCUUUUCAGGUAUAUAUUGUAUACCUGUGUAUGUAUUGUACACAGGUAUACAUACCUGUUUACAAUACAUACUUUUCUCUUCAGGUAUAUAUACCUGUGUACAAUGUAUACUUUUUAAAUGUACAUGUGUACAAUGCAUACUUUUCUCUUGAGGUAUACCUGUGUACAAUACAUACUUUUCUCUUCAGGUAUACAUACCUGUGUACAAUACAUACUCUUCAGGUAUACAUACCUGUGUACAAUACAUACUUUUGAGGUAUACAUACCUGUGUAUAAUACAUAAUUUACCCUUGAGGUCAAGUGAGGUGUGGACAGUACACUGGUAUUAUACUGCACUUGCACCCGGAUGUUUUAACUGUGACCCGGGUAUCCACAGACCUCCGAGUGUUGAAUAUUCUUGUGUGUGUAGAGUUGGCGCUCUUAAUCUUUUUCAACAAAAUACCCAUGUUGUUUUUUGGAUAUUUUAAUAGGGAUGAGAUAGUGAAGUGGUAAUGAAUGUGUGUAUAAAAUCAUUCAUGGAAUUGCGAUAGAUAGGGAACUGUGAAAUACAAUUGCUAUACUGAAAUUGCAGUCACUUCCUCAGAGCAGUAUUUUAACUCUGGAAGUUUAGUGUGUUGAUGAGCAUGAGAGAGUGAUUGAUGUGAUUAGGUUGUUGUUUACCAAUAUGUUUAAUUCUAAAAUUCAUAUUCGUUGUACAUUAAGUUCUUAACCUCUGCAUAGUCAGGUAUGACUUGGGUUAGCUGUAAACAAAUUAUUUUCUCUAAAAUGUUGAAUGUGUAGCCAACCAGAGGAGAGUGGGAAUGCCAUACCUCUUGCAGUCACCAUUGAAUACUCCCCCAGGUCAUCCAUUGUCAUCAAUGCUGUAUAAAGCAUUUGUAUUUCAUGAGUAUGACUUAUACCUCAUUAACAGUCACGCAUAAUGCCGUCAGCGUCGCAUAUUCCACUUCUCACUCGUAGUUGGCCGGCACAUGCAGCAUCUCAUUCCCGGCAUUACCAACAACACCGUUUAAAACACAUUCAAGAAUUAUGCAUGUGGUUUGGUUGUUCAAUAAACAUUUCUUGCACCAACAAUGUUUGCAUAUUUGUUUCUAUGUAAAUACAAAUCUUGGUGCAAACUUUAAAGUCAUGGUACAUGUAUUUCUUAUGAACAAUAACUGAUAGAUUAAUAACAUAUAUUAAUAUAUAUCUUUAGGUAAGUGGAAGAAAUAUUAUUUAAAUGGAGUUGGAUCUAUAUUUUAAGGGCUUAUAUUCAAUAAAAUGUUGUAGUGCUGUAGGUCCAUACAGCGUAUUAGUUUUAUUAGUCUUAAGUGCACACAUGUAAGUGAACCAGUGUUGGGUGCACACUCGUAAGUGUAUCAUUCUUAUGUGUGUCAAGAACAUGAUAAACUAAGUGUAGUAUUCUUACUGGUGUAAAGUUCACACACGUGUCGCUUUCACUGUUGUAACGCUGACAAAUGGAUCACUCGCACCAGUCUGAAGUUCACACACGUGUGUUUCAGUCCUACCAGUGUAAAGUUCACUCAAGACUGUUUCAGUCCUACUGGUGUAAAGUUCACACACGUGUGUGUGUCAGUCCUACCGAUGUAAAGUUCACACACGUGUUUCAGUCCUACCGGUGUAAAGUUCAUACGUGUGCUUCACUCCUACUGGUGUAAGUUGUGUGUGUCAGUCUUACCAGUGUUACGUUCACACACAUGUAUGUAUAUCAGUCUUUUAAGUGUCUAAAUACACACACAUAUGUGUAAUAAGGACAACUGUACUUAGUAUUCAUCAUUACUAUGGGAAAGAAUUUCCCCUCGGGUGAUUUCACACGUAAAACACAAGCAUUUCUUUGCCAUUAUGUUACUGUAUUAGAGAGAAAUGCAAUUCAUACCUGUUUGUUUUUUGGACUUGAAGGGAAUCUCAUAUUUUGUCCGAGAAACAAGUUUCACUCAUUCAAGUGCAGUCAAAAAGUUUAUAUUUGUUGUAUUAUAUCCGGUGUAAAAUAGUGAUCAGCCUCUCGUGGUAAUUGUGGUGUAAAGUCUUAUUUCCACUCAGCAUUUUAAAAGUUUGUGUUUGGGGGCUUCAGUCACUAUCCAUAAUGUAGUGUAGAGCUGUAUCUUGGCUUUAAAUAUUUUGCCUCUAUUAUUUGUCAUCCAUAUAUUUGCUAUGCUUUCCUGAAGCCAUUCUCUUUUGCUUGGUCAUCAUAAGAAAUUCCCAGGUAAAGCCCAUCAGGUUGCCUUGCUACUCAACUCUGCGCUUGCUUUUGCAUCUUGAGUAAUGAGUUACCUACUUUUAUCUGCACUUGAUAAUUAUUUACCUGCUGUACUGGUAUACAUCUGUGUGUUAAUGUACAUAACAGUAUACUGUAAUAAAAAUAAAUUCUGCUUCAAUUUUGGAUCAUAUAUUUGAUAUUACAUUUUUAAUAUUGUAACUCUACAAACAAACAGGUAAUGAUUCAUUUCUGUAUCCAGAUUUCUUUAUGAAGAUAGCCAGAUAUAUUUAAUUUUUGGUGCAUUCACACAGUUAGGUUUCAUCGAAAUGGUAGAAAAGGAAACCAAAUAAUUUACAUUGCAGCAUGAAAUGCUGCUUAUUCAAAAUAAGAAAUGAGUCAGUUGUCACUCAGCAUAUAAAAAGUCCCCCUCUGAGUGAUGUUAUGUGACACGCUGAACUGUGUUCACUUAUUUAUAUUGCAACCCUUAUGCAACUAAUGUUAAACACAUCAAAAUGUGAAGAACGGGCCCAAACCUAAUAAAUCAGUAGAGCAUCGUCUCUCCUUGUUAGCUAUAAGGUCCUAUGUUACCUGAUACUUGUGAUUUCUGUGUAUGCAUCUGGGAGACGAGAAGGUUCUCCUGACUCUCUUCUUGUGACCACUGGCAAGCUAACCAACUUGUAUGAGUUGUCAACUAUGAGUGCAUGUCAUAAGAUGGCAUGCAGGAUAAGACAGCAUUAUUUCAUCUGUCUGAGAUCCAGAUAUAUACAGUAUACAAUCUUUUUCCAUUGUAACAAUAUUUUUAAUAUAUAGAAUUUUAAAUUUAUCUUGUAUAUUAAUAAGGUUUGAUGUGUAGAUAAUCAAAAUUUUUAUUACCGAGUCUCAGAUACGUGUGAUUCUGCUAAACGAUACAUUUUGUUCUAAAGAACGCAAUUGCAAUGAAUUAUGAUUGAUACAAUUCAGUGAUACAAAUAUUUUGAUUGUGAUUUCAUUACAAUUAGACCUAUGGACAUGCUCCACAUGUCUGUGUAUUGUAUACAGUCUUAACUAUAUCCGAAGGCAUUGGUUCUGUUAGUCAGUUAAUUUUCCAUUGGUCUCGAGAAGAGAAGUAGACUACAAUCUAAGUCACUUUCCCUGUAGUGUCUAGUUUAAGGAGCAUUUCCACAGGACCCCUUGAGGCCAAAUUAAUAUCUUGAAGAUGGAGUUAUAGAGUAAGUCAAUAAAACAAAUGUGGUUUUUGCUUAAAUAUUGAAAAGAUGUCUGAUGAAGAGUUGAUCAGUAAUUAAAAACACCUGUGAAAAUGUUUAGCUUUUAUGAUCAAAGAUUAAGGAGAUUGCCAAAAAUCAUAUACGUCUUGUUAGUUUUUGAUCAAGCUCUGAACUAGUGUGUUAUUUGUCAGAUUACCACAGAGUAAGGUAGAAGGUGCAGACAGCCAUUUGGUCUGUGUAUGGCACAAGAGCCUCACAUUUAGCCAUGCAAAAGAAAACAUUAAAUAUUGACAUUGAAAAAUUUCUUCUUUCCCUGUUUUGAUUUGCUUUGCAAAUCAGGUUGGUGGUACUGAAUAAUGGCACCAUCCACUUUGAUCUCCUAUGGUCCAUACGCCUCAUUGUUGCUAUAGCUGGCUCUCUGCCCUAUUACAGAGCCUGCUUCUGUCAUACAUGCUUUACUGUAGCAGACACUGGGUGUUUCAUGCUGGCACUACACUUGUCAUUGGUGCCGCCAUCUGCUGGCUUCUUAACGCCUUGCUUGUGCCAUACACAGCCACUUGCUGCUUCUAGCCAGAAUAAAUAAUAACUUACUCAGUCUUAAGUUCUUCAGAUCUUCAGAUAUCUUGUGGCUAUUUUUGGUCUCUAGUGUCUAGGUUAGCAAGUAGAGAAUAUUAUGAAUAAAAUUUAUUUUUGUGGCAUAUGAA